AGGUCCUCCCUGAAGCUGUUGACACUUCCGCCUUUAGUUGUCGCUCAGCCAAAGUGCAGCCACCCUUCCGCUCUGGGGCCCAAGCGUUGGAUAAUUUCUUGGCGCACAAGCCUAAGCAGUCCUUUACCUUCCUGUCCAUGUUCAAAUGGGAGCCACGGAAGAACUGGUAUGGUCUGCUGGAAAGCUUUCUAGAAGCCUUCCCGGAGCAGUACACGUCUGUCCGCGGGCCGAACGGAGAAUCACGCAACGUAUCCGUGCGCCUUCUGGUCAAGACCCAAAUCUUGGGCUGGUCGCCAGAUGAUCCCAGACAGGAUGUCCCCGACCUGCUACGAGAGAAGCGGCUUUCGGAGGGUUCCUUAGAGG